AUGGACGCCUGGACAUUGACUUCGGGAACUUCCGUCCUUGCUAAUGCAUCGCUGGUCAUAUCAACAGCCACCACAUUGGCAAGUGAUCCGUACUUCCAGAAAGUCUUAGCAUCUCAGAAAUCAUUAAUUGUAGAUAACCAGGAGGUUAUUGCCAAAUUUAUACUUGCAUCAUGUAACGAGGAUAUGUCUGAGUUACAAUCCAUAGUGGCAGAUUCUCCAGAAUUGAUAGAUAACUUGUCAGCUACUGGAAUUACACCCCUCAUUUAUGGUAUCUUUUUCAAUCACUUGCCAGUGCUUGAAUUUCUUUUAGACCACUCAGCAGAUCCUGAUUUAUCAGAUACCGCCAUAGCCAAUUAUACGCCAAUAAUGUGGGCAGUUUAUUUGAAUCGUUUAGAUAUUGUGAAGUUGCUAUUGAACCAUCAAGCAGACCCUUAUUUAUGUCCAGAUGAGGUGAACUCACCCAAGAAGAAUGCAAUUUCGUUGGUUUACCCAGAAAAGACAGAAAUGUACCAAUAUUUCAAAUCCCAUAACAUUUUCAGAGACGGUGAUCUCUCGCCAACUAGCGAGGACUUUGGUGAUGACUACUACAACCAGAUUGAUAAUGAGAUUGACGAUGAUCUUUCCAAUCAGAUUAAACUUCAGUCCAUUACAGGAACAAACAUAAUAGCAGAAAGUGAUCUAGACGUACAAGAAAAAGAAAGAGAGAAAAUCGAUCUGUAUGUUGAAGAGAGGACUCUUUCAGAAGAUCCAAUCUUAUUUGCAUUACCAGAAUUUGACUAUCAGAAGCUUCAAGCAGAUCAAUACUUAGAGUUUGAUGAUUCAGAUAUCCCCACUCUAUUGGAUUAUAUUUUCUCGCUCCGAACUUCGAAGACCGGGACAAUUCAGCAUGAAACUAAGGUUCCAGCAGCCAUAGUAUUCCAGUUACUUAGAUACUCACACAUGAAAGCAGAAAGUAUAGAGUCCACAGAAUUUUUAUUUGAUUACUUUAUAACCAGAUUGAGAACAGUUACCAACACUAAGUCUGGGGUUUUUACCAGCGGCGGUGAUAAUAGCAAUAAAAUUGGACAAGGACAGCAACUGCAACUGCAACAAACAGGGGACAUUGUGUUGCUCAGUUACUGGCUCUCAGUUAUUCAAUUUCUUCACUUUUACCUUUGCAAAAAUGGGUUGUACAAGAACUACCCGAAGUUUCUUCAGGAGCUAGUGAAUACAGUGCAAUCUCUCAUUGCCACAUUAUCCUUUUCCAUAAAUUCUAGAUUAAACUUGCUUAUUGAUGAGUGCAUGUUAGAUUUCACCAGCUUGAUUGAUGUAUCGAACACUUUAUAUGCCAAAGAUUGGAAUUUGUUCAAGACUAAAAAGAAGCACCCAAACACUUAUGAUGAUAUUUUCAAUAUGUUGUACCCUCCCAAUGAAAGAGAAAUGAUGAAACCCUCUCCAUUGAGAUUUGUUCAAGUCUUAGGAGCUUUAGACUAUGUCUUGAAAUUGCACCAAGUUGAUAACAUCUUGAAAUCUCAGACUUUUAGUCAAGUGUUUUAUUGUAUUAAUUGUACUAUAUUUAAUAGGAUUAUAAGUCAAUCGAAGUAUUGCUCUCGUGGGAAGGCAAUACAGAUAAGGUUGAACAUCUCCACGGUGGAAGAUUGGCUCAGAGGACAUAAUUUCAAGAUCCAAGCACCAGAUUCUGACAGUGGAUUGAAGAGUUUACUACCGGCUGACUAUAAUUCCAGUUUUUUGAUAAACUUAUUGCAAGCACCCAAGGGAUCUGCCAAAGAUGCUAAUGAUCCACAUUUCUUAUCCUUUUAUUACACUUCUCUUUUCCACAUUGGGAAGCUUCAACUUCAACCUACUAUUGAGCUUUUGCAAUGGCUACAAUGUAUGUCCACUCUCCGUGACGAGGACAGUUUGGUUGGCACCAUCAACCAAUUUGAUUCUUUGAACUAUUACCAAAUUGUCAAAACAAUGACCAAGUUGUAUAAGUACGAAGUUGAGGAGGUGAAAAUACCAAAACAAUUGGUCAAUUUUAUGAAGCGUUUGCAAGCAGAACAGGGAGAAAACCAAGUUGGGAACAGCAAACUGCAUUACAUGACCCAGACUUCCUUCUUACUGAAGGAGUUGUAUAUUUAUUUGAACCCUAACUUUGUGUUCCCUGUAGCAUUACCUACUUUGCAGGAGCUAAUUAACAACUAUGGUUCUGGAUUAGGAGGAGUUAGGAUCUAUAGAGCAAAGAAAUAUCAGCCUUCAAUUCCAAUCGAUGUAUUGGAUGACGUUGAGGAACUAUUAGCAAAGAAUAAGUCCGAUAGGGACCGUACCUUCGAGCAACAAGAAUAUAAUGAAGAUGGAGAAGAAGACUAUGAUGAAGCAGGCCAUCUGGAAGCAGAAGCGGACACAGAAGAAAACGAUGGCAUUUCACAAGGCACUGACGGGAUAAGCAAGGCUCAUAGUAGCAAUAAUGUUGUUCAUAAUGAUGAUAAGGCUGAGAGCAACACUGAAAGUAAGGCCGACGUGAAGCCCUUCAAAUCUGACUCUUUAUUUAAAGAAGUUCAACUUCCUAGUUCAUUGGCACACAGAACCUGGGGAGAUGACGAUAUAGAUGCAAACCCAUGGUAG